UAACUGCAAGCUCUCCACACCCAAAGGGUUGAGAGGAAAAGGGGCCGGUCAUUCCUGGUUCCCAUCGCAUCCAGCCUGCCAGAAUGGAGAAAAAGGUGGCCAGAGAAUUCAGACGUAAGGUGGACGUAUUGAUUGACAAUGAUGCAGAAAAGGAUUAUCUUUAUGAUGUAUUACGAAUGUACCACCAGUCCAUGGAUCUCCCUGUUCUGGUUGGAGACCUGAAACUGGUGAUAAAUGAGCCAAGUCGUCUGCCAAUGCUCGAUGCUAUCCGGCCACUUAUUCCACUAAAACAUCAAGUGGAAUAUGAUAACCUGACACCAAAACGAUCACGGAAAUUAAAAGAGGUGCGUUUAGACCGAACACAUCCUGAAGGACUUGGCAUGAGUGUGCGAGGUGGUUUGGAGUUUAACUGUGGCCUCUUCAUCUCUCAAUUAGUAAAAGGAGGACAGGCAGACAACGUUGGCCUACAGCUUGGAGAUGAGAUUGUUCGGAUAAAUGGUUACUCAAUAGCAUCUUGCACCCACGAGGAAGUGAUAAACCUAAUCCGCACUAAAAAGACUGUCUCCCUGAAAGUCAGACAUGUUGGAAUGAUUCCCGUUAAAAGUUCUUCUGAGGAGUCUUUGAAAUGGCAGUUUGUGGAUCAGUUUGUGUCAGAAUCUGGAGAUGGAAAGAUCAGUUUGGCUGGCUUGGCUUCACUGGGAAGCAAGGAAAUCAAGGAAAAAAAGGUCUUUAUCAGCCUAGUUGGCACUAAAGGCAUGGGAUGCAGCAUUUCUAGUGGUCCAACUCAGAAACCAGGGAUCUUUAUCAGCAAUGUGAAACCAGGAUCUGUAUCAGCAGAGGUUGGCCUCGAGGUUGGAGAUCAAAUUAUCGAAGUAGAUGGAGUAGAUUUUACACAUGUGGAUCAUAGAGAGGCUGUCCGAGUGCUGAAAAGCAGUAGAAGCCUGACAAUUGUUGUGCUCACGGGCACAGGGAAAGAGCUGUUCCAGACAGAACAAGAACGAAUGAAUGAGCAUUAUCGACGUGAGCAAGAGCGUCAGGAAUUGAUGCAUCAGAAAAAGAUAGCAUUGGAAACGAAUAAGAUUGUGAAAGAACAACAAGAGAAGGAGAGGCUAAGGAAAUUAGAGAUUUCACAGAAAACUGCUGAAGAGCAAGAGAGAUAUCGCAAGGAAAUUGAGCAGAUAGAAGCAGAGGAGCAGCAAUUUAAAAAGGAAUGGGAUGAAGACUGGGGACAACGAGAACAGCCUAAAAAUCCAAAAUCAGUUAGCACCGAUGUUUCCCCUCACCCACCACUGAAAAGUAAAAAAGAUCAUAAGAGUGAAGAUCGUCAGCUAGCAAUGGAUCAAGUGGCUGAAGCAAGCAUGGAGCUGAAAAAGGAGCAGGGCUUCCAGAAGUACGUGGAGGACUUUGAUCCUUAUUCCAUGUUCACAUCAGACCAGAUUGCAGGAAAAGAUGUUCGCCUCUUGAGAAUUAAGAAGGAAGGACCAUUAGAUCUUGCAGUCGAGGGGGGCAUCAAUUCCCCACUUGGGAAGAUUGUUGUAUCUGCAAUCUACGAUGGAGGCGCCGCAGAUAAGCAUGGUGGAAUAGUGAAGGGAGAUCAAAUAAUGGCUGUCAAUGGAAAGAUACUCACAGAUGCUACCUUACGUGAAGCUCAGGCAACACUGGAAAAGUCUUGGAAUAGUGGUGGUGAUUGGAUAGAUCUUGUUAUUGCUGUGUCCCCACCAAAGGAAUAUGAAGAUGAAGUGACAUUCUUUUGACAGUGAAGAAACAAAAGCUUCAGAAGGAAAAUCCCUCUCCAGAAUCAAAUUAUCUCCAUAUUGGCCAAUGUUAGAAUCUAUGAAAAUGAGAAAGAAGGAAGCAAAUCAAAUUGAUUCAUCUUAUUCAGAAAGUAAUGAUAAUGAUAAAAGAUGCAGAUGAUGCAUAUUGCUACAAGUAGUAAACAAAAGCCAAACGUUUUUUAAGUGAAUGUAACAGAAGCAUUUUUUAAUGUACUGUGUCAAAUUAAUGUUCAUUUGAGAUCAUAUUGGAAGGUUUGGCAAAAAUUAUCUUCUUACAACCAAAUUUUCAAAAAACCUAAAAAUUUACGAAGGAGAUUUAAUCUGAGUCACACAAUCAAUGAUGAACAGAAAUGUACUUCACCUUCAUAAGCCUAUCCUAAUAAGGUUUGCCUGUAGGUUCACGAAGCUGUUCCAGAUCUGAAUGUGUCUGAUAUUGUUCUGCUGACACACUUUAUCUUUGUAAUCCUAUGCUUAAUUAAUUGAAUUGGAGAUAGCACUUACACAAGACGAGCUAUCUGCUUUUACAGAUAGCAAAUGUGCUGGGUAAGAAAAGCACAGUCAAGAACCAGGAAUUAAACCUCAUCUCAAAGGCGGAACAGGAAAGCUACUGUUGUUAAAUACAAUGAAACUGCAAUGACCUGAGAGCCUUUACAAGUGGAAUCAUGAAAACUCUCAGCUGCUAUUGUUGAAAAUAAUUAGUGGACAAACUGAAAACAAGAAAUUAGAAGGGGGAGGUUUUUAUGAGACAAAGCUUCAGGUGGAAAGUAAGAGUUUCAUGAUGAUACUGCCUGGCACCUGCUCAUCAUGCCAGAAUAGUUAAAUGAAGGACCAUAAGGCAUGAAGUGACCAUCAUCUUCAUUUACAUCCAUAGCAUUAAAUGCUGCAAGGCCAAAUACAGCCUGUCCCAUCAAGCAGAAAGCUAUCUUCUCUCUAGGGACCAGGAGACACAGACAUUCUUGUCCUCUACUGGCUCUGCUUUCUUUUUUAUUGUUUUUCACAGGUUGUAGGUGCCACUGGCUAGGUCAGCAAUUGUUGUGUUUGACAAGGUGAUGUUGAGCUGUCUUCUUAAAAUGUUGCAGUCCAUGUGAUAUAGCUACAGCCCAUAAUGUUGUUAGGAGAAGAGAGGCAGGGCUUUGACCCAAAAAUAGUGAGGAGAUUUUGAUAUAGCCCCAAAUAGGGAACUGGAAUGAGAGGUGAAUUUAAGAGUUAAUGCUGCUCUUGUACUUCUAGAUCCAAGAAGUUGCAGGUUUGGAGCAUGCUGACUAAGGAGCCCUAGUGAGUUGUUGUAAUGUAUCUUGUAGAUGGUACAAACUGAUUACACACUGCAUUACUAAUAGGAGUUGAUGUGGUGCCAGUCAAGUGGGCUGCUUCAGUCUUGCUGGUGUUGAGCUUCAUGCUUACUGUUGAAACUGCAGCAAGCCAGACAAGUGGAGAGUAUGUCAUGAUGCUCCUGACAUAUGCAUUGUAGAUGUUGAGCAGGCUUUAGGGAGUCGGUGGCAGAUUACUCACUGCAGAAUUCCAAGUAUGUGACCUUCUCUUUUACCUACUGUAUUUAUAUGGCUACUCCAGUUCAGUUUCUGAUCAAUAGUAACCUGCAGGGUUUUGUUACAGAAAGAUUCAGCAAUGAUUAAAGCAUUAAUUGUCAAGAGAAAAUGGAUAGAUUCGCUCUGGUUGAAGAUGAUCAUUGCCUCACCCUUGUAUGUUAUGAAUGUUACUUGACUAUAAUCAGCUCACGCCUCAAGGUUGUCCGGAUCUCACUGCAUAAGGGCUCAAGUUGUUUUGGGAGUGUCUGAAGAGACAUAAAUGGUGCUGAAUGUUGUGCAAUCAUUGUCAAAUAUUUCCCACUUCUGACCUUAUGGAGAAAUGAAACACGUGAGAACAGUUGGACCUAGAACAAUACCUUGAGGAACAUGGCUGUGAUAUCCUGGAACUGAGAUGAUUGACAUUCAACAACCUUCACAAAAACCCUUUGUGUUAGGUAUGACUUCAACCAGUGGAGAAUUUUCCACUGAUUUCUAUCAACUUUAAUUUUACUAUAGUCUUUGAUGUCAUAGUCAGUCAAAUGUUACCCUUGAUGUCUAGGCUAGUCACUCACAUUUCUCCUCAGGAAUCCAGCUCUUUGGUCCAUAUUAGACCUAGGCUAUGAUGAAGUCAGGAGCUGAGAGGACUUUGCAGAACCCAAACUGAGAGUCAGUGAGCAUGUUAUUGCUGAAUAGCUCAGUCAAUGAUGCCUUCUAAAUAUUUUCUGAUGAUUGAUAGUAGACUGAUGGUGCAUUAAUUCAGCAGAGAUAAUGGGAACUGCAGAUGCUGGAGAAUCCAAGAUAACGAAGUGAGGGGCUGGAUGAACACAGCAGGCCAAGCAGCAU